CUCUACCUACUUCACCAGGCGAUGGCAUCACUCGUUUUCGCUGCAACAGGCUUCGUGCAUUGUCGUCCGAUUACGUGGAUGCCCCGCAGUUGGAUCCUGAUGGGAGCGACGUCGAGGCGGAAGGCUUCUGCUCGCCGCGCUCUCAGCGUGCAGCACCAGUUGUGGGCAAUGCGUUCGCUGUUCAGCGACUGGAAGAGGAGCAGCCAAAGCAGACUAGUAGUAGAAGUAGUUUCCAAGAUGUCAGUAAUCUUGAGGUGGAUCAUCUGGAAGUGGAACAACUGCUGCAAGAUCGUCUGCGAGAAUCCUCCGCGUCGCGAGAUAUUCUAGCUGCGCACAGUCAUGAGACAGGG